AUGGCUGCCCGAACGGGACGCGAGAGCAUGGAGUACUUUUGUGAUGUGGUCAUCGCUUUAUAUCAAAAGGAGUUCUUACGUAGGCCGACAUCUCAUGACGUUGCUCUCAUCACACAAGCUCAUGAAGAAAGACAUCGUAUUCUAGGAUUGCUUGGUAGUCUUGAUUGUACACACAUCGAAUGGAGGAUGUGCCCUAAAAACUUAAAAGGGCAAUACACGAGGGGUGAUCACAAGCAGUCGCCAUUGUUUCAAAACAAGCGUAAUGGAUCCGCGCCAGACAGUUCAUUUACCGUAAAUGGACGACAUUACAAGCGUGGUUACUACCUUACCGAUGGAAUCUAUCCUAGGUGGACUAUGUUUGUUAAAGCUUAUCUACAUCCAGUGGAACAAGAUAAAAGGAAAUUUCUAAGACUACAAAAGGCUGCAAGAAAGGAUGUUGAACGGGCGUUUGGUGUUCUCAAGGGAAAAUGA